UCAGGUAUUCCUUUUACUGAAUUCGUGAUCUUUCUUCUCUAUUUCUUUUACCUUCUACUGGUUGUUGCGUUGGUGCAAAUGGCUUUCUUCAGAAGUGUUUCCGCACUUUCUCGACUUCGCUCUCGUGCGGGUCAACAAUCUAAUCUAGCGAAUUCAGUUAGAUGGCUCCAAACUCCGGGCUCCAGUAACACUUUGAAUUGUGAGAUGGGUUCCUACUGUACUGCCAGAAGUGCUAAUCAUCAAGCUGGGUUCAGUGGCAACUUGAAUGAAUAUUCUGCUAGAGCUUUUGCAACAACAUCUUGUGCUUCAUUGUCUGAAGAUCAUCAAAAGGAUAAUUCUGUCUCUGAUAUGUUAGUAGAUUCAUUUGGAAGGCUUCACACUUACUUGAGAAUAUCUUUAACAGAGAGGUGCAAUUUAAGGUGUCAGUAUUGUAUGCCAGCAGAUGGUGUUGAACUCACUCCAAGCCCUCAACUUUUAACAAAGGCUGAGAUUCUGCGAUUGGCAAAUCUGUUUGUAAGCUCUGGGGUAAAUAAAAUACGUUUGACAGGUGGGGAGCCAACUGUUAGAAAGGAUAUUGAAGACAUAUGUUUGGAAUUGUCAAACUUGAAAGGGCUGAAGACAUUGUCAAUGACUACUAAUGGUAUAGCGCUAGCAAGAAAAUUACCAAAGCUGAAAAAAUGUGGGCUUACUUCUGUCAACAUUAGUUUAGACACACUGAUACCAGCGAAGUUUGAGUUUAUGACGAGACGCCAAGGGCAUGGAAAAGUAAUGGAUUCAAUUAAUGCUGCCAUAGACCUUGGAUUGAAUCCAGUCAAGGUCAAUUGUGUUGUAAUGCGUGGAUUCAAUGAUGAUGAAAUCUGUGAAUUUGUUGAGUUGACGCGUGAAAAGCCAAUUGAUGUUCGGUUUAUAGAGUUCAUGCCUUUUGAUGGAAAUGUUUGGAAUGUCAAGAAACUUGUACCCUACUCAGAAAUGUUGGAUACAGUGAUGAAACAGUUUACAAGCUUAAAAAGAGUUCAGGAUCACCCUACAGAUACAGCCAAGAAUUUCACAAUAGAGGGGCAUGAAGGCAGAGUUUCAUUUAUCACAUCAAUGACUGAGCAUUUUUGUGCCGGUUGCAAUAGAUUGCGACUACUAGCUGAUGGAAACUUUAAAGUCUGUUUAUUUGGUCCUUCGGAGAUUAGUUUAAGAGAUCCCUUGAGGCGUGGUGCUGAGGAUCAUGAACUUAGGGAGAUAAUAGGGGCAGCGGUGAAGAGGAAGAAAGCUUCACAUGCUGGUAUGUUUGACAUAGCAAAGACUGCUAAUAGGCCUAUGAUACAUAUUGGUGGAUAAGCUAUCAUAUAUUGAUAAAAUUGCUUUUACAUCAGGCAACCAGAGCUGCCGCAGUCAGAAGCACCCUGAAUUGAGUAUUGGCUAAGAUAUUCAUUGAUAGUCAGUCUCACACCAUGUGGGGUGAUAAAAAAUUUCACUUAUACCUAUCAAUAUUUUGUUAUAUGUUUGUGUCUAUUAAUCAAUUUAAAGUAAUGCAUUUCAUCUAUUAUUAUGUCGUUUGAUGGAUGUAGCUGAUUUCGCACAGUGAGAUAAGGCUUGAUUAUUGUAAAUGCAUUUCAUAUAUAUGGGUUAUAGAGACAAGAAUGUUGCAUUAUGAUUCUA